AUGCCUUCCAAGCCUACUCAGAGCUCCCCUGCAAAGGGCAACGCCAAGCUGCAAGGCUAUACAUCUGACCUUGCAGAGCAGCAAGAGAACGCAUUCCUAGCGAUGUGCCUUCGAUGCUUAGAUUUGGAAACGAAGAAGGUGGAUGCCGGCGCGGUUGCCAAGGCACUCGGCUACAGCAAUGCGAAGUCGGCUGGCAAUCGAUUCAGUGCAAUGCGCAAGAAGUACAACCUGCACAUUGAGUUCAGCUACCCACGUGGCGACGCCAAGCCUGGCACCAAGACCAGCCCCAACCGAGUACAGAAGACUCAUCGCAAACGUGGAAGCAAGACCAAGGCUGAUAUCCACGCCGACACCCAGCAUGGCGAGAAACCGGAGACGUGUGAGCCCGAGACCGAAGAGAAGGACGAUGACCUUCUCGAUGGCCCUCUUCUGAGUGACGAACAGGGCCCGGGUGACAUGACUCUUAAUGCGCCCAACCUGGAGGACAGCGACGAGGACGGAGGUGUCGCCCUUGGUCUCCCUCCCACACCUCGGGGCUAA